AUGGUGGUGAUAAGAACUGAUUCUCACCUUCACAGCCCUAUAUAUUUCAUCCUCUUCCAUUUAUCCUUUGUUGAUAUCUGCUAUUCCUCGGUCACAGUGCAUAAUAUGCUGAGGAACUUCCUAGCAGAGCGCAAAACUAUUUCUGUCAUUAGCUGCAUUCCUCAGAUAAUCUUCAUACCCCUCUCAGCUGCUACUGAAGCUUUCAUUCUCUCAGCCAUGGGUUACGACCAUUACGCUGCCAUCUGUGACCCAUUGCAUUAUGUGGAUACAAUGAGCAAAAGGAUCUGUGUUCAGCUGUUAAGUGGUGCAUGGACCAUGGGCUUCUUCUAUGCCCUUCUUAGCACAGUUUUUGCCCUCAAGUUCCAUUUCUGUGGGCCCAAUCAAAUCAGCCAUUUCAGCUGCAAGCUCCCUCCUCUGUUACAGCUGUCCUGCACUGAGACUUUUACCAAUCAAGUGGUGCUUCUUACUUCUAUUGUGAUAUUUGGAUCAAGCUCGUUUCUCUUCAUCCUGAUCUUCUACAUUCACAUCAUCUCCACUAUCCUGAGGAUACGAUCUGUAGAGGGAAGGCGUAAAGCCUUCUCCACCUGCAACUCCCACCUUAUUGUGGUUGGUUUGUUGUACCUGACAGCUUUUUUCCAAUGCACAAAACCCAGCUCUGUCUCUGUUGUUCUGGAUGAAAUAUUCUCCAUCCAGUACAGCGUCUUAACCCCCAUGUUAAACCCCAUCGUCUACAGCCUGAAAAACAAGGAGGUGAAAACAGCUAUAGGAAAAACGUUGGGGAAAUUUAAAUUUCUCAAGUAG